UAGCUCUAUAUUUACCGUGGGUAGAUAAGGGAAAAGACAUAAAAAGCAGUUUAGACCUAUCAGAAGUCUCUGAAGUUGAUCGAAGGAAAAAUCAGGAAAUGAACAUUGACCCAUGAAGCAUUUCACUUCAUGUCAGCUAUUCUGCCACUUCAGUUCGACACUUUUAGUCAGGAGAUCUAUUUUGAUCUAGGAGCAUAUGCCAUUUUUACCUUACAGAUAAUAAGGCAGGAUUUACUGAGGUGAUUUCUGACAAAUAGAAAGUUUAAGUUAAGCGUACUCACUCAAAGUUUCCAGCCAAGUGACUGUUUCUGUGAGAGGAGGAUGGCAUCUAAAAGCUCUCUACCUGAAGAUGAUUUCAACUGUCCUGUUUGCUUUGACAUUUUCAAGGAUCCCGUCCUUCUUUUGUGCAGUCACAGCUUCUGCAAAGACUGCCUUCAGAAGUUCUGGAGAGAGAAGAAAUCUAAAGAGUGUCCAGUUUGUAGAAGACAAUCUUCAAUGGACAAUCCGCCACUGAAUUUGUCUUUGAGGAACGUAUGUGAGUCUUUCCUGAAGGAGAAGAGUCAGAGGGCUUCAGGAGGGUCUGAAGUGCUCUGCAGUCUGCACGGUGAGAGACUCAAGCUGUUCUGUCUGGAGGAUAAACAGCCCGUAUGUCUGGUGUGUCAGGCUUCCAGGAAACACUCAGGACACCAGUUCCUUCCCAUAGAUGAAGCUGCACUAGAUUAUAAAGAACAACUCAAUGCUGUACUGGAGUCCUUGCAAGAAAAACUGGAAGAAUUUGAAGAAGUUAAAGAAACAUGUGACCAAACAGCCAGUCACGUUAAGGUCCAGGCCCAUCAGUCAGAGAAGCAGAUCAAGGAGGAGUUUGAGAAGCUUCAUCAGUUUCUGAAAGAGGAAGAGGAGGCCAGAAUAAGAGCACUGAAGGAGGAAGAGGAGCAGAAGAGUUUGAUUAUGAAAGAGAAGACUGAAGAAUUGAGCAAGGAGAUGUCCACUCUUUCAGAUACAAUAACAGCCAUUGAGAAGCAGAUGGUUGCUGAAGACAUAAUCUUCUUACAGAACUUCAAGUCUACCAUAGAAAGUUCUACGUGCACACUGCAAAAACCACAGCAAGUUUCAGGAGCUCUGAUUGAUGUGGCAAAGCACCUGGGCAACCUGAGGUUCAGAGUCUGGGAUAAGAACCAAUCAGCCAACACUCCUGUAGUGUUGGACCCAAACACUGCAAACUCAUCACUCAUCGUUUCUGAGGAUCUGACCAGCUUGAAAAGGACAGAUCCUAGACAGACACUCCCUGAUAAUCCAGAAAGAUUUGAUUUGAAUGCCUAUUACUGUGUCCUGGGCUCUGAGGGCUUCAACUCAGGGUCACACUACUGGGAUGUUGAAGUUGGACACAGUCCAGGCUGGUGUGUGGGUGUGACCACAGAGUCCAACCAGAGGAAGGGGGACACCUUCUCAUGGAAGAGAGUGUGGCGUGUGGGGUAUAAGUUUGAAGAGUAUGAUGAGUGUAAAACGUUUAAUGAAUUGAGAUGGCAUGUUACAGGACCUGUGCAUAUAUUGAAACAGAACCUCCACACACUCAGAGUGCAUCUGGAUUUGGAUAAAGGACAGCUGUCAUUCUCUGAUCCUCUACAAAAUACACACUUACACACUUUCAAACACACAUUCACUGAGAAAGUCCUUCCCUUCUUCCGCAGCGCCUUUUCAUCACUGAGUAUUUUACCCCUGAAGCCCUCGGUGACCAUUGAACAACGCAGACUAUGUUGAGACUAACUCCAAAAUCCAAGUGUUCCAUUGAGUAAAAUAACAAUACAUCAACACAAUUCAUUGGUCUGUAUCUAAAUCUGUGUUUUUACAAUAUAAAAUAUGUAUCCUCUGUGAACAUGAGGCUGUUAAGUAGAAGUACUAUACUCCCCUCCCAACACUAGCAGUAGGUGGUAUUUGCUGCUGGUGAUUAUGAGGUUAAACUUGAGUAGGCCUCAAUUGUUUGAGUGAUAUUGUAUGAUAAUCAUUUGUGACAUAUUCUGCAUUACUUUGUCAUCUGGAUAUGUUUAUCUAGAUUUGUUCGGGGUUUGUAAGUAGAUCUAUCUAAAUUUGUUUGAUGUUUUUAGAUAGAACCAACAUGGAAAACCAAAUGUUAAAACUUCCUUCUAUCCCCAUAUUUAGAAAUAUAAAGAUGACUGUAAUUAGGAUCCUUCUCUGUGAAUAUCUUGAGUUGGUAAAAACCUUUGAAUGGUUCAUGAAUCACCACCAUAACUGUUGUUAUUAAUCACAUGCUGUGUAGCAGGUGAUUUUAUUUUAUUCUUCAUGAACAAGAACCUGAUUGUCCAUAUGUGAGGAACCAGAGACAGACUCACACACCCUGAUGCUGCACUGAUUAGGUCAUUACUCAUCACUCCAGUCCAGUUGAUUCCAGUUCUGUGUAUACCACGGCUCAGUAAAGGUAGAGACCUGUGAGUCUGGGAGCAGCUGGGCAACCUGAAGUUCAGAGUUCAUUUAAUCAUACACAACACACACAUGCUAACUUGGACAUCAACAUGUACAUUAGUACCGCCAUUCAAUCAUUAUUUUACAUUUUCUAUU